CUCAUGAACAAAAGCAGGAUAUACAGCAUCUUGUCAGAGCGUCAAGAAAUAAUCGAUAUUGUAGCAAGAUCUUUUUUAAACGUCCAUGAAGAUUCGUACACUUUCGCUUCUGCUCGGAUCAACGAUGAUGGACUUGUUGUGACGUACGAAUCCCAUUCCAACAUGUCGUUUCCACUCCCUCCAAUUAUUUUGCAAAUUUAUAUGCAUGCUGAUCAACAAAUCAUGGCAAACAUUAUUGAAUAUUGUGUUCAGCUUUACCAACAAUGUAGUCAGUCCCCAGUGUUGUUAUGUAUCUUUUCCAACGACAUUCCACCAUCAAUUUUGGAUUUAUUUAUUCCUUAUCCAGAUCACUCGCAUGUGUAUUAUUUAACAAACACCGUGUGGGCACGCGAAUGUCUAUUAAUACCGAAUCAAAAAAUCAAAAAAUGUAUCCAAAAGGAUGAAAAGCUAGACGAGCUGGGUGACCGUAAGUAUUUACCCGGUGUGACUGCUUCUCCUCGACGUGGGACUGAUUUUUCUCAAAAAGUGACUGUUUUUCCUCGACUACCAUAUAUAGAAAGGUAG